AUGUCACAAUCAAACUAUCUUGCCGUUGUCCCUCCCCCUCCCACAUUCGAUCCAGCGACGUACAAACCAUUCGAUGAUGAAUAUGACCGCACAAUCGAAAGAAUACUCACCGAAGAUGCCAGCUUCGAGUGCAAAGAUGACCACUUUCCAAUCUACCCCGGGAGACGAUCAUCAACGGAAACAUCGAAUCGUCACGCCCCUCAAAAUGAUAGUAAGGUGGAGGGUUCGCGAUUUUUGACUCGAUCUCAGUCUCCCGGUGGAAAGAAGGUCAGGACAACCCCAAGGCGUGCAGCUCAGAGAGACAUUACUGUGAUCCACCUUGACACCGACAACGAGGGAGAUGUUGACAUCGAUGCUCUACUUGAAGUGGAGAGUGCGAAACUCGCUGCCAAGGAGGGCCUCACUAAGAACAACCUGAUUGAUCUUCCUUACCGCGAUUUGGAUAGCGCCAAUGAUCCUUGGGUUGGGAGCCAAGAAGUUGGCAACAGCAAAGACGUGAACAUCAGCGACCAGGGUGACAAUGAGGAGAACAAAAAUGUUGAUGACCCCUGUGAAUCUCCGGGUAGCCUUAACGACUCCAACUCAAUUGGCAAGGAAGCGAGCCUGCAUGAUACGGACUACAACCAUAACGGCAGCCACCCACUUCGUUCUUCUCAUGGAGAUGUGAACAUUCUCAAUGAGUCCAACCUCAACCGGGAUGAAACAAGGCUCGGUGACGAUAAAAAUAAUAUCAAGGGGAACAGCGAUACCAGCAAGGAAGAGAACGAUACCAAAAAGGACCGUAAUGACGACAACUACAUCAGUGAAGCUUUCCACGCGGAUGUCGACUUCCUUGCCGAUGCCAGAUCAAGCAGUGGUGGCAUAUUUGAGAUCCCCACAAAGAACGAAGUUUUUGACCUCGUUGCAGGCAAGGAAAUUGCAGCUGAGAAAGUUAGAGCCGAGGAGGACAUCAUUUUCGCCUGUAUGGAGCCGUCUCGCAGACAGGAAUUUUUUCAAUCUGUGCUCGCGCAUCCCUUCAUGCAGAAUCUAGAGGUUCCUGUACGGCAGUCUGCUCGGCGACAGUUUGUUAAGGAUAUGCGCAGAGAGGCAGCGUCCGUAGGGAUGGAUGCUGUAGACAUCGAUACAUUCAUUGUCUACAUGCGCAGGGUCUUUAUGGAAAGCAUCAUUGGUGUUCCCGCCGACACUACAGGAGACGUCCGAAACCUGAAAUUUGGAGAAGAGAUCAAUGAUGAGUACAAGUCUCGAAAGAGGUACUUGAGCAAUCCAGAGCAGGCCGGAUCUUGUAAGAGAAGAAAGAGCAAAGUAAACAGACGUGCCUCGGUUGAGGCUUCAGUCUCUUCGUUACAGUCCACGCCACAGCCCAGCUCGGAAACCAAGAACGUUUCCCAGCCAAAAGUGGAACAAACUGCACAAAGCAUUGCUAAGAAAGAUAGCUGUGGAAGCCUCUGCAAAGACAAGAAUGUGGCAUCGGUUCCCAAGACUCCAGAGUAUGUCCUCUGUGAGCAAGAUCCCGCCCAGGGAUUUGGGAAUAUGCAAAUGGUAUUCCAGCAGGAUAUGGAAAUACCAAAUCACCCAAAUGAAGCAGAAAAGCUCGAUGCAAAAAAAUCCAAAUCCAAAGUUACCCAGCCAGACAAUGAUUCUGCGGCUGUCGGAGAAGCACUCAAUGGGAACAAUCCCCUUCGCAAAGGACAUGUCGGAUGUGCUUCACCAAAAACUUCUCUGGGCAGUGUCCAAGAAAGCCAGCCAUCGGAACCAGAAUUGCCGCCUAUUUUUGAACGAGCGACUCGCCUGUUGAAGUUCAAGAGACAUAAAGAACCCCCAAAGCAACCAACCGAGAAGAUAGAUUCAGGCAAUGCCGUUGAACAAAGCGCAGUCGACAAUGUUAUGGUCGACAUGACUCGAAGUAGUCACUCCCCUGAAACCACAGUCCCUAGUGAACUCCCAGAGAAACAAAUGUCCGCCAUUGCCAACCCUGAAGAAUCCCAGUAUGCUCAAGAUCAUCCAGAGAAGAGCCAGCACUCGAACAACGAUGUUGAGAAAGCUACUUGUCAGCCUUCCAAUGCGGAUAGUGGUCAGGCCGGUCCUACGUCGGAGCUCUCGCUACAGGGGAAAAAAGCCAAAAAUUAUCGCAAAAAGGAAAAGAAGAGACAAAAGAAGCGCGAAAGUUACCUUCAUAUCCAGAAUACGUCAAAUGCAGACCAGCAGCGUGCUGAACGCCAGCGUACGCCCGUCCAUAGCGAAUCCACAGCAGUUGCGGCGACUCCGCCCUCGAGGACCUCAAACAGGAGCACUGACCUGAUGAGACACGGGCCUUUGUCACCCAAUCCGGCUGAAUGGUCAGUGGAUUUUUGA